UUUUCCACGCAAGUAAAGACUAGCACAUCAUAUUCCAGCAAGGGCGCGCGUGCGCGAUAGGAACAGUCGCAGAAAGUUGAAGCAGCAUCGUACAUUGCUUCGGAGUAUGGGGUUGGAGCAGAGUCUGCGACUUUGCUGGCACACUGAGGGAGCGAUGCUAAGUGAUCGUUCCCCAAUGCCCUCCCGAUCAGACCAACCGGGGGUAGAAGCCACCAAGGGGCUCAGCAACGCUCGCCCACCUGCAGGCGAACGUUUCAAAAUACCUGGCAUGCCAGUGGCGGAGACUCGCCUCACAGCCAGGACGUAUUACUACACGACUGAGGAGGAGGAGGAGACUGAGCAGGAAGAGGAGGAUGAGCAGGAGGAGCAGGAGGAGGAGAAGGAGCAGGAGGAGAGGCGACCGCGAGCCCCUCGAGAGCCACCGAGGAGGAGCCGACUGACCUGCCGACUGCGCGGGCCGCGCCGCGCAGGCUGCCCCGAGCACCGACAUGCGUACCCGACGCCACUGAGGCAUUGCGGUGGCCAGAUUAUAAUUGUGUCUGUGUGUUUCUUCCUCUCCUGAAGAUGGCAGGCGAUCGUUCCCAAGUGCGACACCUGAAUUACACAGCGCGCCAAGAGGCUGCGACCGUGCCGUAUGUGUCCACACUGCGCUAGUGGAACCUGCGCUGCAGCGCUAGUGGAACCUGCGCUGGCCACAAGAAUUCGGCAUCGGGAGAAGAGGCAGCAGGCUUGCUGACCAGGAGACGACCGAGGCGGACCUGGAUGCAGUCUUGGAUGCCCUUAAGUUACGGCGGACGCUAGCAAGCAGCAAAUAGCAGUUCGUGCGAACACACAGGCUUGGAAAAACGCAAAGAGAGGGACAACAACAUGGAACGACCAGCUAAGAUGUGCGGCCACUGCCGGACUUGUUGCUUAAACUGCGCGGCCCAACAAGCGUGUUCAGUUCUCACGCGUGAGCUCAACGGACAGAUCCACUGAGCAGGCCUGAAAAAUAACAGUGUCGCCCUUUGCAGGGGUGCGCACUUAGGCGGCAGGGCUUCUCAGAAAGCCUCGAGCCUUCUGAGAAGUUCUCUGUUUCCUCGGGGAAGGCUUAGAACACUUCUCAGAAUGCCCGAGGCCUUCCGAGCCCUUUGAGAAGGCCCGCCCCCAUCUCACUUCCCUUCUGGGCCCGCUACUCAACAGUUUACCGAAGAAGCGGCGUGGACCGUGGACGUGUGGUGCGGGAAGUAUUGCCUCCUUGAAACCGACGUUUGUUUGUGUCAGUGCAGUGUUUUCCUCUUGAAAGAACAAAGAAGAUGGACAAGUACGCCACGAAUCUCAGACACAGGCACCCGCCGACGCGAUGUCUCUGCCUUCACGGAGGGCGGCGCCGCAUAAAUGCCGCUGGCCCUGAGCGGUAACUCGCAUGCACCGCCACCUUCCCCCUGAGGCCCACGAACAAUCCGCCAGAGGCAUCUGCAUGUAGAUUUAGGUCGGGUAUGUCCUCCGAUUGGCGACUAUUGUUGUUUCAAUUCUUGAUACUCCUCCUGUCGAGGGGCAUGUCCGACUGGAGGCCAGGCCCGCGGAGGGCAACCCCGAGGCCCAGCGGACAUCAGAAUCAUGCUGCUGGCCUCCGUCGAGCUGCCAGGUGGCCCGAAGCUCGUCCCUCUGGCGGAUGCCCGGGUGGCGGUGCUGGUCUCCGUCGUGCCGCCCAGGGACCCCGUUGAGCAUCGUUUAACCGAUCCCCAUUCCCAUCGGCGUGGCGUGGCCUGGGCCCCACUGGCCGAUUUACCCCCCAAGAUGGGGAUGUAGGCCGUUCCCUUCGGG